AUGGCAUUAAGAUUUCCGAGGUUUAGCCAAGGCUUAGCUCAGGACCCCACUACUCGUCGUAUUUGGUUUGGUAUUGCUACCGCACAUGACUUCGAGAGUCAUGAUGAUAUUACUGAGGAACGUCUUUAUCAGAACAUUUUUGCUUCUCACUUUGGGCAAUUAGCAAUAAUCUUUCUGUGGACGUCCGGAAAUCUCUUUCAUGUAGCUUGGCAAGGAAAUUUUGAGUCAUGGAUACAAGACCCUUUACAUGUAAGACCUAUUGCUCAUGCAAUUUGGGAUCCUCAUUUUGGUCAACCAGCUGUAGAAGCCUUUACUCGAGGAGGUGCUACCGGUCCAGUGAAUAUCGCUUAUUCCGGCGUUUAUCAGUGGUGGUAUACAAUCGGAUUACGCACUAAUGAAGAUCUUUAUACUGGAGCUCUUUUUCUAUUAUUUCUUUCUGCUAUAUCCUUAAUAGCGGGUUGGUUACACUUACAACCAAAAUGGAAACCAAGCGUUUCGUGGUUCAAAAAUGCCGAAUCUCGUCUAAAUCAUCAUUUGUCAGGACUUUUCGGAGUGAGUUCUUUGGCUUGGACAGGACAUUUAGUUCAUGUCGCUAUUCCAGGAUCCAGGGGACAGUACGUCAGAUGGAAUAAUUUUUUAGAUGUAUUACCCUAUCCUCAAGGGUUGGGACCACUUUUUACGGGUCAGUGGAAUCUUUAUGCCCAAAACCCUGAUUCGAGUAGCCAUUUAUUUGGUACUUCCCAAGGAACAGGAACUGCCAUUCUAACCCUUCUCGGUGGAUUUCAUCCACAAACGCAAAGUUUAUGGCUGACCGAUAUUGCUCAUCAUCAUUUAGCUAUUGCAUUUAUUUUCCUGAUCGCUGGUCAUAUGUAUAGAACUAACUUCGGGAUUGGGCACAGUAUCAAAGAUCUUUUAGAAACACAUAUUCCUCCAGGGGGUCGAUUAGGGCGUGGGCAUAAGGGUCUUUAUGACACAAUCAAUAAUUCGCUUCAUUUUCAAUUAGGUCUUGCUCUAGCCUCUUUAGGGGUUAUUACUUCCUUAGUAGCUCAACACAUGUACUCUUUACCUGCUUAUGCAUUCAUAGCACAAGACUUUACUACUCAAGCUGCGUUAUAUACUCAUCACCAAUACAUCGCAGGGUUUAUCAUGACAGGAGCCUUUGCUCAUGGAGCUAUAUUCUUCAUUAGAGAUUACAAUCCAGAACAGAAUGAGGAUAAUGUAUUGGCAAGAAUGUUAGACCACAAAGAAGCUAUCAUAUCUCAUUUAAGUUGGGCCAGCCUGUUUCUUGGGUUCCAUACCUUGGGCCUUUAUGUUCAUAACGAUGUUAUGCUCGCUUUUGGUACUCCGGAAAAACAAAUCUUGAUUGAACCUAUAUUUGCCCAAUGGAUACAAUCCGCUCAUGGUAAGACUUCAUAUGGGUUCGAUGUACUCUUAUCUUCAACGAAUGGCCCAGCAUUCAAUGCAGGUCGAAGCAUAUGGUUACCGGGCUGGUUGAAUGCUGUUAAUGAGAAUAGUAAUUCACUCUUCUUAACAAUAGGUCCUGGGGACUUCUUGGUUCAUCAUGCUAUUGCUCUAGGUUUGCAUACAACUACACUGAUUUUAGUAAAAGGUGCUUUAGAUGCACGUGGUUCCAAGUUAAUGCCAGAUAAAAAGGAUUUCGGUUAUAGUUUUCCUUGCGACGGCCCAGGACGCGGCUGGUACUUGUGAUAUUUCUGCUUGGGACGCAUUUUAUUUGGCAGUUUUCUGGAUGUUAAAUACCAUUGGGUGGGUUACUUUUUAUUGGCAUUGGAAACACAUCACUUUAUGGCAGGGUAACGUUUCACAAUUUAAUGAAUCUUCCACUUAUUUAAUGGGAUGGUUAAGAGAUUAUCUAUGGUUAAAC